AUGGCUACGUAUGGUAACGAGACAGACAACUAUAUUUAUUCUACGUACAACCCUUAUUCCUACAAGUAUCCUAAAUACAAGAGCUGGAGACAGAAGGCAUACUUUGCCAAUUACGGCGAUGGGGAGGCCUACUUUGACAAUUACCACCGAGCGCAGCUGAAAUCCAUUCUGUCUCAGAUCAACCCGAACCUCACCCCGCGUCUGAGAAAAGCCAACACUAAAGACAUCGGGGUUCAGGUUAGCCCGAAGACCGACGCGUCCAUCCAGUGCUCUUUGGGCCCUCGCACUCUUCUAGCCCAGAAGCGCGAUGCUCUGCGCAGGAGGCGGCAGGAGGUCCAGACUCCCGGGAGCCCCAUCAGCUGCGGCGUCCGGUUUCCACGCACCCAAGCAGUAUAUUCUCCGGUCGCAUCCAGGAGAUUAGUGUCCUUCCUGAAGGAGGAUAAGGAGGACACGGAGUCUGAGCCGGAUACCCAGGAGAAGGUGGACUGCGUCGAAAGUCCUGAAAGAAACGAACCCAAAGACGGUUCGCGCAGCAAGAGCGCGGACAAAUCCAGUAAAACGCUUAGUCCCGAGAAAGAUGAGACUAAACGGGCAGAUGAAAACGAGGAAAGCCGAGGCGAGUCGGCGACAACCGAGCACGACGAACCAAAGUCAAAAGCUCGAGUGAGAUUUCAGUUUUUGGAGCAGAAGUACGGCUUCUAUCACUGCAAAGACUGCAACAUGCGCUGGGAAAGCGCCUACGUGUGGUGCGUCCAAGGCACAAACAAGGUGUACUUCAAGCAGUUUUGCAGAACAUGUCAAAAGUCAUUCAAUCCCUACCGUGUGGAGGACAUCACCUGUAAGACUUGUAAGAAGACCCGCUGCACGUGCACUUUAACGUCACGCCACGUGGAUCCGAAGAGGCCUCACCGGCAGGAUCUGUGCGGGCGCUGCAAAGGCAAGCGGCUCUCCUGCGACAGCACCUUCAGCUUCAAAUACAUCAUCUAGCACACCUUUACCUGGCUGUUGAGAUUGUCCACUUGAGCCUUUCUGCACCUCGUCUGCCUAAAAGCAGAACUGGGGAGAUGCUCACUGUCACCACAGUUUUCUUUACGUUUGUUUUGCGUUAAA